AUGCUUAAAGCUUUCAUUGCUGACCGACAAAUAGGCGUACGAAACAAUGGCAUUAUAGGUUUGGGAGGUGAUGGAAAUGCAGGUGGGGUUUUAGGUGUUCUUCCAAACCACCAUGACCUUUUGGGUGGUGAUGGGAAUGCAGGUGGGGUUUUAGGUGUUCUUCCAAACCACCAUGACCUUUUGGGUGGUGAUGGGAACGCAGGUGGGGUUUUAGGUGUUCUUCCAAACCACCAUGACCUUUUGGGUGGUGAUGGGAAUGCAGGUGGGGUGCUAGGUGUUCCUUCAGACCAUGAGCUUUUGGGCGGUGAUGGGAAUGUAGGUGGGGUUUUAGGUGUUCCUCCAAACCACCAUGACCUUUUCGGUGGUGAUGGGAAUGCAGGUGGGGUUUUAGGUGUUCCUCCAAACCACCAUGACCUUUUGGGUGGUGAUUGGAAUGCAGGUGGGGUGCUAGGUGUUCCUUCAGACCAUGAGCUUUUGGGCGGUGAUGGGAAUGUAGGUGGGGUUUUAGGUGUUCCUCCAAACCACCAUGACCUUUUCGGUGGUGAUGGGAAUGCAGGUGGGGUUUUAGGUGUUCCUCCAAACCACCAUGACCUUUUGGGUGGUGAUUGGAAUGCAGGUGGGGUGCUAGGUGUUCCUUCAUACCAUGAGCUUUUGGGCGGUGAUGGGAAUAUAGGUGGGGUUUUAGGUGUUCCUCCAAACCACCAUGACCUUUUGGGUGGUGAUGGGAAUGCAGGUGGGGUUUUAGGUGUUCCUCCAAACCAUGAGAUUUUGGACGGUAAUGGCAAUGUAGAGUUGGGUGGUUUUCCAUGUUCAAAUAGAGAUGCAUGCGCUGACUUGAGUGAAGGGAAAACAAUUAUGAAGGCUAUUAUUACAAUUAUCAAACUCUUUGAAUUCAUUUCUAAACAAUUAGUAUGA